CCGAGGGAUAUGGAAAGUCCCGUGCACUGCUGCAAGGACGAACAAUCGUGUGGGAGAGGAACAGCUAGAGUGCUCCUUAGAGGGCAGGACGGCGAGACUGUUUCACAUGCUUCCGACAUGUCGGGAGAGCCCAGUCCUGGAGAAGGACAUCAUGCUUGGCAGAUGAGUCGGGACCAGAUGAGGCCUGAGGAGGAGCCUUCCAACUCCAAGACCCAGGAGGAGUGAAGUCACGGCGUGAUGUCAGGAAGCCACACACCUGCUGCUGGUGGUCCCUUCUCAGCCCUGACCUCCAGCAUCUGGCCCCAGGAGAUCCUGGCCAAGUGCACACAGAAGGAAGAGGCCGAGGGGCAGCCGGAGCUCCGCUACGAUGAGUUCGGUUUCCGCGUGGACAGCACGGAAGAUUCGGACAGGACGCUGGGUGCAGGGCUGGUGGAAGACCCGCAGCAGACCCUGAAGUGGCAGGCCCACCUGGAGUUCACCCACAACCACGACGUGGGAGACCUCACCUGGGACAAG